UCUAUCUCUAUCUCUAUCUGCGGUUGCCCACAGAUACAGUACAGCCAAUCACAAAGCAAGUGAUCUCAGAGCGGCAUGGAAAGUACCUUGUUUUGUUUUGUUAACAGCGAAGGUAGAAGUGGAACGGAAGAGUGUACAAGGUUUGCAAACAUUUGCCCAGGGCUGAUGUGAAGAAUGCUUUGAAAAUGUUAACUGCUGAAAAAAAUCUGCUGUAAUGGCCGUUUUUUUUUUUUUUUUUUAAACAACCCCUUGCCUGGACCUUGAAUUCGGGAGGAUGUGACUCAGCAAAAUCCUCCCACACACUUCACUUCCUUUUUUCCACUCUUCAUUCUUCCCCUUCUCCGCUCGUGUUUCGGAGGGAUUUGGUCAAGCAGACUGUAAGCAGUAGGCUGUUUCACUCAGCUUAUGGUCUGCAACAUUAUAGUAUUGACCUAGUUGUGAAAGAGCUCUUCAUUUAUCUGAACGUUCUGAUUUGUUGUAUCACUCAGGUUUUAUUGUUCCAAGGAAGAGUUUGUAUCAUGGUUGCUGAUGAUGACCAGCUUGUAUCCUACACAAAACCAGUGCCUUUGUCAAAUAUGUUGCCCUGCAUACUUUGCAUUUCAUUAAAAGCCAAAUCAGACAGUGUUGUUGAUACACUGUAACAGUUCAAAGUCGAUACAAAAGUAACCCAGUGUUACAACGAGGGACACCCACAUCAACAUAAUGAUUAAGGCGCCCUCUAGUGGGCAUGGCCAGGAAGGAUUUAGUUUGCCUCCUAUUUUUAGAAACUCAGUCGAUAUGUGUUUUGGUCUUUACAACCGUGCUUAACUCGGGCAACGGAGCGAGCUUAUUUUACAGACCGUGGGUGUCCAUUCGUUAUUGUCACGACUUCCGCUAACCUUGAUGUCAGUAAAUGUGUGGCAGUCUGGCAGUGAAACGUAGAACUAGUUCUAUUCCCGCGAUGGUUUUCCCGGAAACCGGUGAGGGAAAGAGUACGUCGGCUCGAAUGGAGAAAUAUGGCUACUCAGUGUAAUCAUGUAUGGCGAGUAGCCUAGUCUUGUUGACAGAAAUCGCUCGAUAUUCUUGCUUCUUACGAGUCUCUACUCAACGCUGUCAAAAUCGCAGAUUUAGGAGGUGCGAGCUUACAUUGAAGUCUUCUCCUUUGCCCUCCCACGUCAGUGUGUCCAUCUUGGAACCGGUCCUUCCUGAAUCUGGCAUAGUGGCCGACAUUGAAGUCGAAGAGAUUCUUGGCACCUCGGCUACGGAUACCUUCUAUCAGCUGAAGAGUCAGCCCAUCUCUCUCAGCAGCGGCAGCACCUCUGUGUCCGCAUCUCAGCCGUCGUUGUCGUCCUCGUCGUCCUCCUCGUCGCUGAGCUCCAGCAUGACGUCGCGGGUGCUGAUGCGGCAGGAGCUGAUGCGGCAGCAGGCGCGGGAGCAGGAGCGGCGCGAGGCCCAGCAGCAGGCCUCCAGGAGCGCCCUGGCAGACGCCACCCCCGCCAUGGCCGUCAACACCACCACCACCCCCGCCACCGCCCGGCCCGCACAGGUGCCCGUGGAGGUGCUCAAGGUGCAGACCCACCUGGAGAACCCCACCAAGUACCACAUCCAGCAGGCCCAGCGGCAGCAGGUGAAGGAGUACCUGUCCCAUACGCAGGGCAACAACAACAACCUGGCCAAUCAGAAGCUCAAGGCCUCCCCCGCCGUCCUCUCAGGCUCCGCCCCCGACCUGGCCCCGGCAGCCAAUAGCACGCCCAGCAGCCCCAUGGCCGUCCUCAGCCUCAGCCCCAAGGAAGAGAUGGAAGGCGUCAUUGAGGACAUCAUGAGCCUGGAGUCCAGUUUGAAGGACGACUUCAUUACCUUGAUUGACUCUGGCAACUUGCAGAUGCCCAACACGCUGCCAGUCUCGGGGAACCUGCUGGAUGUGUACAGUGGUGCGGGGAUGGCCGCCCCCUCCAUCACCGUGUCCAACUCCUGCCCUGCCGACCUGCACAGCGUCAAGAGGGAGCUGACCGGUGAGGAAGCUUUCCUCUCCUGCACACAUGCGGAGGCCAAAGCUCUCAUCAAGGAACGACAGAAGAAGGACAACCACAACCUCAUCGAGCGGCGAAGACGGUUCAACAUUAAUGACCGCAUCAAAGAGCUGGGCACCCUCAUCCCCAAGACAAGCGACCCCAGUAGUGACAGGGAGAUGCGUUGGAACAAGGGCACCAUUCUGAAGGCGUCGGUGGACUACAUCAGGAAGCUGCAGAAGGAGCAGCAUAGAGCCAAGGAGAUGGAGAUGAGGCAGAAGAGACUGGAGCACACCAACCGCGGCCUGCUGCUACGCAUACAGGAGCUGGAGAUGCAGGCUCGCCUCCACGGCCUGGCCGGCCAGAGCCCAGACCUCCUCCUCAGCCAGCAGAGCCAGCAGCAGCAGCAGCAGACGUCAACCGCCACCCCUCUGGAGGCCACGGGGGCCGACGGCCUCUCUAAGACGCUGCUCAGCCUGGGCGGGGCCGCGCUGGGGCCCUCGGCGGCCGCCGCCUUCCUCUCCGAAGCCACGGCCGCGUCCCCAGCCGGAACCAUCGGCGGUGGCGGCACCAGUACUCUAGACCUGGGCCCGCUCACCUUCACGGACCUGGGCGACGACCCCGCCACCGCCUUGUACAUGGCGGAGUUUGGGCUGGGCGACAUCCUGAUGGACGAGUGUGACAGUGGCGUGGGCGUGGGCGGCUGCAGCAGCAGCAGCGCGGUGGGCGUGGCUCUGUCGCCGGUGGGGGCGGCCGACCCUCUCCUGUCUUCCGUCUCGCCCGGGGCCUCCAAGACCAGCAGCCGCCGCAGCAGCUUCAGCAUGGACGAGGACAUCUGAUUGGAUGGAUUGACUGGUUUUGGUUUGAUUGACAGACUUGACUGACCACUGGAGGGGACUGGUCCCGCCUCCACAAGAGACUCCCCUGAGAGAUGGUGUUGUUUAGGACCUUAAAUUGUGUUCUUUGAGAAACAAUAUCUGAGACUCUUGCAGGAGGCUUUUGAGGCAGCACUCCCCAUGCUGUAAUGUGAGGGUGUGGUCAUAGACAAGCAGACAUGCCAACAACAUGCUGGAAACACCCAUCAUGUUUGGGGACUGUUGCAGUAGUGUAGGUGUAUUUGCUCCUUUCAUAUUCUGAUGGUGCUGUGUUUUAGCAGAGCUGUCCCUCACCCUUUGCCGUUCUUUUUCUGUCUCUCAUGCUCAGUCCUCUGCCCAUCGACAUGUUGCGUGUAGCUCUCCGCAUCACUUUAUCCCCCUUGCCCAGACCUCACACUGUUCUGUUGGCUCCCCGGUCACUACCACAAGCGGUCCCAGUGUGUCUCAGUCGCAGUCAAAAGCAGCGUGAGCAAGCACACUAGUCCGUCUCAUUGGGAAUGCGUUCGGAAAGCUCUUUUGUGAGCACUGCUGUGGCAGAGUAUGUGUGCGUCUGGCUUUUUAAAACGUUGAACUUUCUGUCAUUGUUCUGACAAAAAUAUCACGUAUGUAAUUGUACAUAGACCUCACAAUUGGGUUCUGUGAUUUGAAAAUCUGCUUUUUUUCUUAAAAAAUCAUGUCUCCAUCAUCUAUCACAGCUUUACAUCAUUGGACUGAGCAACUCUUUUCACUGUGUACACAAGUCAAUCAUGCUAAAUUUCAUUUCUUUUCCAUCUUUUUUUUAUGACACACCUCGCCUGUAGAAGUGAAGAUGUAACAUAUCGAGAAGUUUGACAGAGUGACAGGCAUUAUUGUGACAUUUCUAUCAUGUACAUUUGUGAUUCUUUUACUUUAUUUUUUUUAUUACCUUAUAUGAUCAAUUCACGGCUUAGUUUUUGCUGUUUGAAAGCCAUCUUGCAUAAAGGGAUAGAUCAUCACUCAAAACUCUAUGACUUGCACUCUCAAAAAAAGCAAUCUUUCAAAGAAAAGACUAGAAAAAAGCCAUCUAUGAAAUGUGCAAAUGUGGACGGACGCAGGUUCAGAAAAAGACAAAAAGUGUAGAAACUUCAGGAACAAAAGAGAACAGAAAAGAUGCAUUUCCUGUUCAGCUGGCUUUCCCCCUCAGAGUUUUCACUUUCUCCUUUGUUUUAGUCUACUGGGCGUGCGUGCGUGCGUGCUUGCGUGCGUGCGUGUGUGCGUGUGCGCGUGUGUGUGUGUGUGUGUGUGUGUGUGUGUGUGUGUGUGUGUGUGUGUGUGUGUGUGUGUGUGUGUGUGUCCUGUGGAUCCUGUGGAUUUUGCUGGAUGAGUGAGGUAGUUUUGAUGAUGCAGACUACAUCCUUUGGAGAUGCAGAAGUGUGUGUGUGUGUGUGUGUGUGUGUGUGUGUGUGUGUGUGUGUGUGUGUGUGUGUGUG